CCCAAUUCACGGAGAUAAACAUCUCCGUCUAUGCGACUAUAAGUCAACAGGGAUGAGCCAUAAUCCUCCGCCAAGAAUACUUCAAAUCAAUUUCUAUAGUCAUACAAUUUUAAUAAUAACAUUUUUUAACUUUAUUCUUUGUCUUUCAAAAUGUACCAUUGAACUUCGUCGUAAUUUGAGAAUCUGAAAUGAUUAACAGCCGAAGUGCAACAGUGUAUUCGGGAGGUAAAGGGGUAUGCCUAACUAAAAACUUAAAAAUUGUUGAAGUAAAGCAUGUAUGAUGUAUUAAAAUAAACACACACUUUUGUAGGGAUUAAAAAAUGUAUAUAUCAUCCCCCUAUGGAUGAGUAAAUUUUCACUUUUCAGUCUCCAUCGUGGGGGGCAUCGUAUCAGCUAAUUGAGAACCACUGGGAUGAUCGGAAUAAAAGUGGGAAUACAAACAUCGUAACAUAAUAGACGCCCGUCCGAUGGAAAUACUAAUGAGACGAACCGUGCAAGUAUAACGGAUUGCAAAGAAUAGCGAUCGCUUUUUAAGAUGCAGCGGAAAGUGUUUGACUUCGGAUGAAAAUUGAACAUCCGUUUUCGUGAAAAGGACCGAUAAGACCAUUGACGUAACUAGAUAGGGAUUAGAAUGAACUCCUUUCGCCGGAAAUUAUUAAAACAAGUGGGAAAACAUUCUUCGGUUAACAGAAAUUAAUAUUUAAGUAAAAAGGCUGUAUGCAACACAAUUAUCUUGUUAAUACACAAUAUUUUUAGUUGCUGUCCCCUUUAUGACUUUUUACUGUCUAUUUAGUAUUAUAAGUGAUAUUCAUAGUGUUAUAAGUAUCGUAAAUAACAUUUAUAGUGCAUAAAUGUCGAGGGGUGAGUCGAUCGCUGUGUGCCGUAACAUUCAACUGUUGACAAUCGGGCAUGCGAUAUCGCAUGAUAAUUGAUAUCAUUAAAUAUGUUUGCGUUCAAAAGUAAUUUAUCGUUAAACUUAUUUUCUUAUUCUGAGCGUAGUCUUGUUAUGUAUUUUGAAUGAUGUCAAAGUUUCACCGCCAUCUUAUGACGUCUUCCGGAAACCACUAGGGAACCAGCCGAGUGAGCAUGCUCAGAAUAUGUUUUGUAUUUACAUUAUAUAGAAAGGCUAUAUAGGAGAAAAUACCAAGAAACAACCGGCAUGGAAGCGGAUACAACUCGACAAGAUAUGCAAGCAGAUAUGCGGGCAAAAUUUAAAGAGGUUCGUAAGAUUUUGGACGAUCAUGAAAAAUUUACUAAUGAAAGGGAACCAUAUAAAAUAAAGUAUCAAGCUAUUGAAGUUUUGAUGGGAAUGGAAACGGAUCUCACUAAUGCUUUAACAAAUGUGCCAGAAGAACAACUAAGUAUGGAGGUAAUAAUGCUUGCAGUGGUACAUUUAAAUCUUGGUAUACUACACACUGACACGGAAGAAUUAAAGGCAGGUGAAGAACAAUUUAUGAAAUGUAUAAAAUUAUUGAAAAACAAAGAGUUGGAACCGGAAGCAAUUUUACCUGUAUUAAGUGCUCUUAAUCAGUUAGGCAUUAUAUGGUCUCAAUGGAAUCAACCUGAAAAGGCAAAAAGCUUCUUAGAUCAAGCUGAACAGAUUUACAAUGAUUUCAAAAAUAUGAAUCGUCAGUGUAGAGAUCCUGUUAACAUGGCACAAAAUUUUGGCAUUGAAGAAGUGAAAAAUGAAUUAAGUGCUAAAGAAGUACUUGAAAAAAUUCAUACUUUAACAUUAUAUUAUUUAGCUCAGAUAUAUAGUUCUUUAAAAGACCAUUGCAAGUCUGCUAUAUAUUGUCACAUGACUUUACGUAGACAGUUAGGUCAUAAGAAUAUAGCGCAAGACUUAGAUUACAUUGAUUGGGCUUUAAAUACAGCUACAUUGUCACAGUAUUUUAUGGAAAACGAUACAUUUUUUCAAGCAAGGCAUCAUUUAGCAGCUGCAUCUUAUGUACUUGAAAUAUAUGAAAAUAUACUGAAAAAGAAACUUGAAGAUAACAAAGAGAGCGAAGCGGUUGCGGCGGAAUGGGAGACUUUUAAACAUAGAAGCGCAGACGUUGCUAGAUGUUGGGCUAAGUAUGGAAUUUUACUUAUGUGCUUAUCAAAACAAAGACUUCUACAGGAAACUGAAACGGAUAAAAAAAAUCAGUCGGAUAAUAAGGAUUCCUCGAAAUUAAAAAUAAUCGACGAUUUAAAGUUUGAUGUUUUAGAAAAGGACAUAGAGCCGAUCGUGAAUCAAAUUACUGAUAAAUAUUUAUUAACUUUUGAUGACGCAAGAUUAGUAUUUAUAAAUGUUCAAAAGUGGUUAGAGCAAGCAAAGUCAUAUUACACCUUAGAAAAUCAUGCUUCUGAUCAUAUACAAAUUAUACAAGACAUUUCUCAGGCAUACAGAUAUCUAGCAUUUUUCGAAGAACAAGAAGAUAGACAAGCAAAGAUGCAUAAAAGGAGAAUAGACAUUCUGGAAAACGUUAUCAAGGAAUUAAAUCCUCAAUAUUACAAAAGUGCUUGCAGACAAAUUUGGAUCGAGCUAGGGGAAGCUUAUUCAGAGAUCCUGGAUAUAAAACUUGAUCGUCUAAGAGCUUCUAAUGAAAAUCCGGCACCGCAGGCAUUGACAAAAAUUAAUAAUUUAGCAAAAAAUGCUAUAAAGAAUUUUGAAAACUUUUUCGAUUCCAUAGAAAAUCGCAAUUCUGAUUCUGGAAUGAAACCGUUUCCUGACGAUCUAAUGCAACCGGCAUUAAUCGCUUAUUUUCAUCUUGGUAGAUUGUACAAUAAGAUAAUAACUCCUGAUAAAGCAAUUCAGUUAGAAAAUACUCAAAACAGUCUAAACGCAUAUAAAUUUGUAGUCGAUUAUUGUGAGAAAUAUCCUAAAGCAGCGGAGUUAAUGCAUGUUGAAUUAAAUCUUUGCAAAGAGUUAGUGAACUUGUUACCAAUGAAAAUAAGCAGGUUACAAGAAACAAGUAGGCUACAAUGAAUUAAUAGAAUUAUAAAAUUCCUUUCGAGCAUGAUUUGAUGCGCGCGCAUUUUUGAAGAUACUCAUUUUUCAUAACAAUUAAUUAUUUCUAUUUAAUUCUGAACAAUUUUAUAUUUCUUCGUUCAUUUAUGAGACGAUUUAAUAUCUAUUAUGUAUUAUAAAAAAUAUAAUGUACAUUGUAUUUUAUUUUAUUUCAAACUGAACCUUGUAUUAUAUUUUUUUAAUAAUAAAUAAAAAAAUGUAUUACUUAAUUUAGCUGAUGUUGCUUCUGAAUUCCUUAAUUUAAAAAAAAUUAAGGCAACAGGUAUGUAUUAAAUGUUACUAUCAUAAGAUAAUUUUGUAUUUAUUUCAUACAA